AUGGCUCACUGGGAAGUUCCAGAAUUUGUUCCCCUUCCCAAACCCGAUUUACCUCCAAAACCACAGAUAAAAAAAGUAGAAGUCGACUCUGAUGAAGAACUGGCUAAUCUUACCAAAAAACAAUUAAAAUUACAUGUAGCUAAAACCAUUAAAAAAGCU